ACCGGCGAAGUGACUGUGUUCUGUGUGUGAUAUAUUGUGGUGUUUCACGAUCUGUCAAGCAUCUCACGACGGGAUUUCCGUUACUACUGCAUUUACUACCGUUCAUCGUGUGCCCUUUGCAUUUCCGUGGCGAUUUGUGGUAACAAUGGCUCGAGCUCUCACGAAAUUCUCCAAGUUCCUCACGCCCAACGCGGCUGCUCUUCCCUGUGGAGCCUCAUCGGCAUCCACGAGGCGGAAUUAUGCUUCGGGAGCGAGAAUUCAGGCGGUGAAGCCUGUGGUGGAGAUGGACGGCGAUGAGAUGACCAGAAUCAUUUGGCAUUUCAUCAAGGAGAAGCUCAUCUUCCCGUACGUGAAGAUUGAGUGUCUGUACUACGAUCUGGGGCUUCCCUAUCGCGACCAGACGGACGAUCAGGUGACCAUCGAUGCCGCCCAUGCGAUCCAGAAGCACAACGUGGGCAUCAAGUGUGCCACAAUCACGCCAGAUGAGCAGCGCGUGGAGGAGUUCAAGCUGAAGAAGAUGUGGCUGAGUCCCAACGGCACGAUCAGGAACAUCCUGGGCGGCACGGUGUUCCGCGAGCCGAUCCUCUGCAAGAACAUUCCGCGCCUGGUGCCGGGCUGGACGAAGCCCAUCGUGAUCGGUCGCCACGCGCACGGUGAUCAGUACAAGGCCAAGGAUCUGGUGCUGACGGAGCCUGGACGUCUGGAGCUGGUCUUCACGUCCAGCAGCGGCAAGGUGACGAAGGAGGAGGUGUUCAACUUCAAGGCCGGCGGCGUGGCCAUGGGCAUGUACAACACGGACGAGAGCAUCCGCGCCUUCGCGCACUCCUCCUUCCAGGUGGCGCUGCAGAAGAAGUGGCCGCUGUACAUGAGCACGAAGAACACCAUCCUGAAGCGCUAUGACGGCCGCUUCAAGGACAUCUUCCAGGAGAUCUUCGACAGCGAGUACAAGAAGCAGUUCGACGACGCGAAGAUCUGGUAUGAGCAUCGCCUCAUCGACGACAUGGUGGCGCAGGGACUUAAGUCUUCCGGAGGCUUCGUGUGGGCGUGCAAGAAUUACGACGGCGACGUGCAGUCGGACGUCGUGGCUCAGGGAUACGGCUCGCUCGGCAUGAUGACCUCCGUCCUCAUGUGUCCCGACGGAAAGACAAUUGAAUCCGAGGCCGCUCACGGCACCGUGACACGUCACUAUCGCCAGCAUCAGAAGGGCCAGCCCACCUCCACGAAUCCCGUGGCGUCGAUCUUCGCGUGGACGCGCGGCCUGGAGCAUCGCGCCAAGCUGGACGGCACGCCGGAGUUGGCCAAGUUCGCCCUGGCGCUGGAGCAAUCGUGCGUGGACUGCGUGGAGUCGGGCAAGAUGACCAAAGACUUAGCCGGCUGCAUUCACGGACUGCCCAAUGUGAAGGAGGGCAUGUACCUCAACACUGAGGACUUCCUGGCCGCAAUUGCGGAGCAGCUGGAGAAGACAAUGAGGAAGUAAAGCACUUCAUCCGUAACUGAAUUUUACACAGUUCACACACACACACACACACCGAGAUUAAUGUAAAUUAAUUGAAUACAUUUUUAAUUUCCCCCAUA